AUGAAGAAUACUCCACCAGGCACCAACACAACAAACACGUCCGGGUUCAAGUUCCCUGGAUCAGCCUCGCAGCCGAGCCCCUGUAGCAUCCUGGAGCUAACAGAGCUAACGGAGCUAGCAGAGAAACAGAAAGCUAGAAGCAGCAGUCACCGCAGAGACCUGUCCAUCAACCUCGCUGGUGCAGAGGCCCUGCAGCAGUGCUGCGACCUGUCCCAGCUGUGGUUCAGAGAGUUCUUCCUGGAGCUGACCAUGGGUCGCAGGAUCCAGUUCCCCAUUGAGAUGUCCAUGCCCUGGAUCCUCACCGACCACAUCCUGGAGACCAAGGAGCCCUCCAUGAUGGAAUAUGUGCUGUAUCCUCUAGACUUGUAUAACGACAGCGGCUACUACGCUCUCACUAAGUUCAAGAAGCAGUUCCUUUAUGAUGAAAUCGAGGCUGAGGUAAACCUCUGCUUCGACCAGUUUGUCUACAAGUUAGCUGAUCAGAUAUUUGCCUACUACAAAGCAAUGGCUGGAAGCGUCCUCUUAGAUAAGCGCUUCAGAGCAGAGUGUAAAAACUAUGGCGUGAUCAUCCCGUACCCUCCCUCAAACCGCUACGAGACGCUGCUCAAACAGAGACACGUACAGCUGUUAGGCCGCUCCAUUGACCUGAACCGUCUGAUCACCCAGAGGAUCUCGGCAGCGAUGUACAAGUCCCUGGACCACGCCAUCAGCCGCUUUGAGAGCGAGGACCUCACUUCCAUCGUGGAGCUGGAGUGGCUCCUGGAGAUCAACAGACUAACCCACCGGCUCCUCUGCAAGCACCUGACUCUGGACAGCUUCGACGCCAUGUUCCGCGAGGCCAACCACAACGUCUCCGCCCCCUACGGACGAAUCACGCUCCACGUUUUCUGGGAGCUCAACUUCGACUUCCUCCCCAACUACUGCUACAACGGAUCCACAAACCGCUUUGUACGUACAGCCAUUCCCUUCACCCAGGAGCCUCAAAGAGACAAGCCAGCCAACGUGCAGCCUUACUACCUGUAUGGGUCCAAGCCUCUGAACAUUGCCUACUCCCACAUAUACAGCUCUUACAGAAACUUUGUCGGCCCGCCCCACUUCAAGACCAUCUGCCGUCUCCUUGGUUACCAAGGCAUCGCUGUAGUGAUGGAGGAGCUGCUCAAGAUUGUCAAGAGCCUGUUACAGGGCACCAUCCUGCAGUACGUAAAAACACUGAUCGAAGUCAUGCCCAAGAUCUGCCGCCUGCCGCGCCAUGAGUACGGCUCCCCAGGUAUCUUGGAGUUCUUCCACCAUCAGCUCAAGGAUAUCAUUGAGUAUGCUGAGCUGAAGACAGAUGUCUUCCAGAGCCUAAGGGAGGUGGGAAACGCCAUCCUCUUCUGCCUUCUCAUCGAGCAAGCUCUGUCCCAGGAAGAAGUGUGUGACCUGCUCCAUGCCGCCCCCUUCCAGAACAUUCUGCCCAGAGUCUACAUCAAAGAGGGAGAGCGUCUGGAGGUGAGGAUGAAAAGGCUGGAAGCGAAGUACGCCCCUCUCCACCUUGUGCCUCUAAUUGAGAGGUUGGGAACCCCACAGCAAAUUGCCAUUGCCCGUGAGGGGGACCUGCUCACCAAAGAGCGUCUGUGCUGCGGCCUCUCCAUGUUCGAGGUCAUCCUGACGCGCAUCCGCAGCUUCCUGCAGGACGGGGUGUGGCGCGGGCCCCCCCCCACCAACGGUGUGAUGCAUGUCGACGAGUGUAUGGAGUUCCACCGCCUGUGGAGCGCCAUGCAGUUCGUCUACUGCAUCCCAGUUGGCACACACGAGUUCACCGCAGAGCAGUGCUUCGGGGACGGGCUGAACUGGGCCGGCUGUGCCAUCAUCGUGCUGUUGGGACAGCAGCGUCGCUUUGACCUCUUCGACUUCUGCUACCACCUGCUCAAAGUCCAAAGACAGGACGGCAAGGAUGAGAUCAUCAAAAAUGUGCCCCUGAAGAAGAUGGCGGACCGCAUUAGGAAGUACCAGAUCCUUAACAAUGAGAUCUUCGCCAUCCUCAACAAGUACAUGAAGGCGGUGGAGACGGACAGUUCCACUGUGGAGCACGUUCGCUGUUUCCAGCCUCCUAUACACCAAUCCCUGGCUACCACCUGUUGAAAUACACCCUUCACACAUAUUGAACACACACAUACUUAAAACAAACAUAGCUGUGAUACUAAUUUCUGCCUCCUCCUGAUCUCCUAGGGGUAUAGAAUACAAUCAAACAGUUCCUCUAUCCAAAAUGUGGCUGUCUAUGAAUCCUUGAAGCACUCAGAAGUGGACCAGGCCAGAGGCAGAAGUGUAUACUCACACCUUUAUCUUUUUUCUUAUUUUACUAUCUGUGUGGCUCUCACUCAGACUCAUGCAUGCCUUGUCUCACUCCUUCCGCUGCACACAUGUGGAUUGAACACAAAUGCCAAAAGAGAAUCUCUAUCUUAAAAUCGGAAGCCACUUGUUUGAAGUCCGAGCUGUUGGGACUCCUAAACGCCUUUCAGAAUUGGCAAUCAGGAGCAAAUAAAAUCGAACAAGGUUUAAGAAAAAAAAGACAAAAUAAUGCAACAGAAGAGCUAAUUUUUCUAAGUUAUAUAAAGAUAUUUUAACAUGGUGCACUUAAGUGCUACUAAAGUUACUAACCGUUCUAGCACCACUUAAUAACCAUAGUGUCUCCUCUAUUAUGGCCCAAACUUGUUUAUUGUGAUCAAACUCAUUUGUAUAAUAAUCUGAUCUACCCUGUUUCAUGGUGCACAGUGUCUAUCAUGAUGCAUUUACCUCACCUGCUUGCUUUCAAAGGUACAUCGCAUUCUUGAUUUGCUUUUAUUUAUCACUCCCGCCUUCCCACCAUCUGUUUUUUCUCGCUUCCUCCCAACACAUUUUUAUUGGGUACCAAUUCCACUGUAAAUUUCACUGUUGAACUAAGUGAAGUGUUGAGUGUUGUAAUUGUUCUUGUUUUUAAUUAUUAAUAUUUUUUAAUGUACUCAUCCUCGGUAUACUUGCCUCUCUGCAAGAAAAUCUCAUUGACUUUAUUUUUUGUCUGUUGAAAAGAUUUUUUAUAUUCUGUACAUCAAUACAGUGAUAUUAUUUACAAUUUUUGAAAAGACACAUCUUCAUCUGGGCAAAUGUGUUUGUUUUUUCAAGAGUAAAAAAAAAACAUUCAAGGAAGAAGAUUAGAAAAUACCUCCAGGUUGUAUAAAGACAGUGCUAGAUUAACCUGUUCUGAGUGUGAAUGGAUGAUGUUUAUCUAGCAGACCUAUGACAUAUUCUGCACAUAAAGGAAACAUCUUAACAAAAAUGUCAGCUAUCAUUAAAGGGCAGUUUCCUAAUAUAGUCAGUAUUUACUAUUGUUGGCUUUAGAUUUAGCAGUGUUAUCAGAAUAUGCAAAAUGUGUCCUUAUUUUUUUUUCAUAUGAAGGAAAACAAAUGAAUUAUUAAGAAGAAACUAUCCCUAAGCUGCCCUUUGAUCUUUUUCUGCUCCGUUUUGAAUGAACAAACUUUCUUUUGUAACUCCGGUGUCUUUUUAUCAUAUUUAUUCAACUCGACGUAUUGUUCAUUUAAAGGUUAAUCUAGUAAAAAUGAAGGUACCAAUGUAUCAUCUCAAAA